UUCCGAUCCCGGGUUGCUAAUUCAUCAACUCGGAACGGGAUGAAGUUCUCCCAGGUUCAACCCAAGUAGCCAACACACACAAUGUCCGUACCAUCCAAGGAAAACCCCAACUUUGUCGUACAACUUCAGCCGGGCGAGUACAAAUCCUUCCUAAAGUCCCUCAAGGCAUUCGAAAAAGGACAAGUCAUCGCAUCGUUGGAAGGUGUUACCAAGGCUCCCAAGAGUUACAGAACAGUUCAAUGUGGGCCCGGACCCGAGGAUCACAUCGAACUGAACAGCGAUUUCGUUUACGUGAAUCACUCUUGCGAGCCAAACACGGCUUUCGACUUGUCCUCCCCCGACUCCGCAGGCUGGCAUAUACGCGCACUAAGGCGUAUCGAAGCUGGAGAUGCACUCGGCUUUUUCUACCCCAGUACGGAGUGGGACAUGGAUCAGCCGUUCUCGUGCGAGUGCGGGACAAAGACUUGCCUCGGGAUUAUUCAAGGAGCUAAAUACCUGAAUAAAGAGGAUUUGCUAGCUCAUGGAUGGAUCAGCCCCUGGAUCCUUGACUUGGCCUCCCAAAAGAAUGGACAGAAAUCGAAGACAUCGGCAAAAAUGCAUUCGAGGCUUUAAACCUAGGUGCUCAGCGUGAACUUGAAUGCCGCAACCAAACAAGAAGUACAUACCCAAUUGUAAUAACCAAUACACCAAAAUUAUCA